AUGAAUCUCUUUCAUCAAGAGCAGACAGAAUGGCUUCGCUUUCGAAUGGGUCAUUUUAACAUGGAUUUUAGUGAUCUGACUUUUCGCAAUAGCUCACAGCGACCAAGCUUUCAUAAAAAUACGGUCGCACUUGUCACCGGUGGAUCACGAGGAUUAGGGCUAGAGCUGGUGCUUCGGUUGGCAAGCUGUGGUAUCAAGGUUAUCAACGUUGACGUGAUGUCACCGACCCAUAAACUCCGGGAGGCUGACAAUGUCUACUUUUACCGCUGUGAUAUCACUGAUCAUGACGAGGUGAAAGCGUUGCAUGAGAAAAUAAGCAGUGAGCAUGGGCCUGUAACAAUACUGCUUAACAAUGCAGGAAUAACCAGAAUUAAUACGGUAGACAUAAUAACUCAUGAAGAGAUCAAAGCAGUUAUAGCGGUCAACCUCAUUGGAGCAUAUAUCAUGAUAAAUACUUUCCUGCCAGAUAUGAUUGCAGAAAAGCAUGGCUUCAUUGUCAACAUAGCGUCAGUUUUGGGAGAAAUCGCUCCGGCCAGAUUAACAUCCUAUGCAGCUUCGAAAGGUGGUUUGAUUGCUAUUCACAAUUCGCUAGCUAGACAGCUAUGCAGGCAUAGCAAAGGCUCGCGAUCGAUCAAGAUGCUCCUGGUAUGUCCUGGCAAAAUUAACACAUCCAUGUUUGCGAGGGUAAAGACGCCAUCCAAAAUCUUAGCCCCUGACAUCGACCCGGGCAAAUUGGCGGACCGCAUUGUGACUGCUAUCCGUUGCAACAACAUAACCACUUUGAGGUAUCCAUACUACGUUAAUAUUGUGCCCUUCUUUAAGCAGCUCAGUUGGCCAUACAUGCGCCUUCUCAAAAAAUGCAGUGGAAUAGAUAAAGCGACCGCUGUUUCUUACUCAUAUGGUGACGUUUCCCCCCAUGGUCACAAAUAUAAUUGUACGUAA